AUGGCCUUGUGGCAGGAUGAGCGGCAACAGCUAGCCGUUCCUGAGUUACAAAUACUAGCGAUGGAUCCUGUGCAGGUCGAUGAUGAGCCAUUCGAAGACUCUAUCUAUAACGAUUCCUUAAACACAGCUAGUUUUGUCACAUCAUUAAAUUCCAGUGUUUUAAAUUAUAAGUACGAGAAUGGCCGUCGUUACCACGCAUUUCGCGAAGGAACAUAUUUGGUACCGAAUGAUGAGGAGGAGCAAGAUCGCAUGGACUUGGCCCACCAUGUAUAUCGCCUGCUUCUCGGAGGCGGUCUCUAUCUUGCUCCAAUCAGGAAUGAUGUCCAGCGGGUGCUGGACCUCGGCACUGGAACCGGUAUCUGGGCAAUAGAUUUUGCUGAUGAGCAUCCAUCGGCACAAGUUAUCGGAACGGACCUAAGCCCUAUUCAACCUAGAUGGUAUGCACUACCCCAGCGUGCCUGGACCUUUUUAACAGUAGUAAUUGUUAGGGUUCCGCCAACUUGCACAUUCGAGAUCGAUGACUUCGAAUGUGAUUGGUUAUAUACCAGACCAUUUGACUUUAUUCAUGCUCGUGAACUGGAGGGCUGUAUAGGCGAUGAUGUAAAGUUCUUUAAGCAAGCAUUCAAACAUCUAGCACCUGGAGGAUACUUUGAAGUGCAAGCAGUCACCUCGCCUUUUCUUUCCGAUGACGAAUCGUUAGACAAGGCCCCAAAUGCCAAGCAGUGGAUGGAUAAUCUUGUCAAGGGUUUACGAAAAUUUGGCAAACCGGUUGAUAAUGUCGGUGGCUGGAAGGAUAAGCUAAAGGAUGCCGGAUUCGUCGAUGUCUACCAGGAGGUCCGCAAGCUCCCAAUUGGACCGUGGCCUAAAGACCCUAAAUUAAAGGAGAUCGGAAAAUACCAAGGCGUCCAGGAGCUUCAGGUCAUUGACUCUUACACACCCGCUCUCUUUUCACGCGUCCUUGGGUGGAGCCACGAGGAGAUCCAGAUUUUAAUGGCAAAGGUCAAGCGUGAGUUGAGGGAUCCAUCCAUCCAUUUAUAUCUGCCGGUCUAUUUCAUAUAUGGAAGGAGGCCCAUAUGA